AGGAACAAGGAAACCGAAAACAUAGCAAAACCAGCUCACUGUGUAAAACAGACACAGAAAAAGCAAGACAUAACCCUGACAACCAUGAGGAGAGCUGCUUUAUUUCUACUGCUGAUCGGUCUUUUGGCCAAUGGACAAGAGUUACGCUGGGAAAAUGCCUAUGAUCAGCCUCUAGAUUUUAAGUGCCCUCAAGGACAGACAAUAUCCUACAUAAAGAGCGAACAUAAAAAUCGUCACGAGGACAGGCUGUGGGAGUUUGGCUGUAAAGACACUUUUGACUCGGGUUCAGACUGUUUCCUGUCACCUUACGCCAAUGAUUUUGACAAACCGUUCACCUUUGAGUGUCCACCACACCACAUCAUGGCAGGAAUGAGCAGCAACCACAACAACAAGCACGAGGACAGACGGUGGCAGUUUUACUGCUGUAGAAGUAACGGCCACUGUACUGCUAACUGUGAGUGGACUACUUAUGUGAACUGGUUUGAUGAGUAUUUCCACUGGACCGUACCAAACCAGAACUACCUGGUGGGUGCUGAAAGCUACCAUGAAAAUAAACACGAAGACCGGCGCUGGAAGUACAUGUACUGUACCAAAGUGCAAUGCUGAGACACUCACAAAUUCCUCCAAAUGCAAAUACACUAAAAUUCAAAUCUGAAAUAAACACAAGAUGGAAAGAUAGUGUCUUUAUUGACCUACAAAUUUAUGAAUUAAAAUGUUGAUAGGUCUAAUACUAUAAAUGUUUACAAGUGUCUUGAAGUAAAAUCUGUCUUUUUUUUUUGCAAUUAUCAAUAAAAUGGAGUAUCAGA